UAAGAGACAGGGGGGAACCUGACGUUUGGGUCGCACGCUUGUCUGUCCUGCAGGACGGACGGCACCAGGACCAGACCUUUGGCUUCUUUCUUGGGCGACUGCUCGCCAUACCGACCGCAUUCGGUUUUCUCUGUCUUGACCUCCGAAGUCAUGGGGUCCAGAUAGGUGAUGUUGACAAAAGCGGUGUACCAUUCCUCUUUCUCUGCGACCGUGAAGUCCAGGCACAGCAAGUGCACGAAACAAAACGACAGCAGCCACGUCGAGAGAGCCAGACUGCGGCAAGCUCGGAUGAGGGACGGUGCCAUCGUACAGCGUCUGGUUUGGGAUGGAUGGUCCGGGGUCUUCUUCUCAGUGGAAAGCUCGCACCACGUCCCUGUUUUUACAGGAGAAAGGCGUCCACUUCCAGUCGACCUGCAACCUUUGCAGAGAGAGCCACAAAACUCAGGUCUGGCUUUGUUUCUUAGUUCUGAGCUUCCUGAGUACAUCUACAUCUGCUGCGUUUGUGCCUGUGCCUAAUACAUCACAUGCACAGAGUUGCUUGAAGAGUCUGAAAAACGCCAUUGAGAAAUCUGAUGCUAUGCUGUAUGCCCCGUCAGCUGUCCAAGAUAACUGUAAAGUUAUGUCGCUCAGAUGUUACAUAUUGGAGUUGUUGGUGGUCAUCAUGGAACAAGAAAUUGUGGGCCCUAAAGCAAAUUGCAUCUUUGAUUUCAAUGACAGACUGCCUAAAGAUAACUUUGUUGGCUGUCGACCAUGUGAAGCAUACUCACUUAAAAAUAUUACAGUAUUCUUGGACGGACUAAAUAACCUUUUGGAAGAAAUGACUACACAGUUGAAUACUUAGAAAACGUAAUGAGAUUUAAAUAAUGUAAGCUACACGAAUGUAUUUGUAUAUAUUUGUAAAUAAUUAAGUUUUCCUUUUGUAAAUUUUGUCACUGUAACUACGUCAACCUCUGACAAAGCGUACUGUCCUUUAUUUUAUAAUAUAACAGUUUAAAUGUAUUGAAGGACAGUACUGCAUCUCAGGCCGUUGAUUAUUUUUAACUGUACAGAUGAAGUCUCCAACACUCUGCAUCACAAUCUGCCUUCAGGUGUACAGGUUUGAGAGAAGUAUCAUAGAGUAGCAGCAUGUACUGUAUAGAAUGUAUAAUAUUAAGCUCACUGCUAAACACUACUGAAUAUAGCAAUGUAGCACCUAUUAUACAGUAUAAUGAAUGCCUAAUGAAUGCCUAAUGAACUCUAGUAUCUUCAGAAUAGGUGCUCAUCCAGUAAAUAAUAUAUCCUAACUAUAGAGUCUUUCAUUGUAUUUCUUUUGUCUUUCUUAUACCUCGUGUUUGUUAAAGGUGUAUUUUAGAGUUUGUUUUGAAAACAAUUGCUUACAUCCAGCAUGGCCAUUCAGACUGAAAACCGAAGUUUGAGUAAUAGAUCCAAGAGUUUGAAGUAUUUUUGUUUUGCAGAUCCAUUUUUUAGGCUUCAGUUUUUGGCCUCAUUGAAAAAGAUAAGGGAGCCACAAAGUGCUAAAGUUAGUCUGAAUGCAUAGUGUAUCAUUGAGGUCGAGCAAACAUGCUGAGUGCAUUUCCUUCU